GUAAACCAAAAUCUUCAAUUUUUCAUUCCCCUUAAAAACUCGUUCAUGGUGGAAGAAAAAAAAAACCCUAUUCCUUGUUCCUCCUUGGAAUCAAUCAAUUUUUCAUUCCCCCUUUUGGUUUGUAGAAUCAAAUUCUAUUCUCCUUUUAGCUUUUGACCUAUAAAGAUCCAAUCUUUUCUCAUUUUUGCUGAAUUCAGUUUUUCCAGUCUAGAGAGAAAGUUAGGGUUUUGAUUUUGAUUUUGUGUUUGUUGAAAUAGAAAGAUGACGAUUGAAGGGGAUUUAUUAGAUGAUAUAAUAAGAAGAUUACUUGGAGCAAAGAAAGGAAGAGUAGUAAAAGAUGUUGAUUUAAGUGAUUCUGAGAUUAAACAACUUUGUGUUACUUCAAGAGCUAUCUUUCUUGAACAACCUAAUCUGCUUGAACUUGAAGCUCCUGUUAAAAUCUGUGGUGAUGUUCAUGGUCAGUAUUCUGAUCUUCUUCGACUGUUUGAAUAUGGUGGAUUGCCUCCAAAUGCAAACUACUUGUUCUUGGGUGACUAUGUUGAUCGUGGUAAACAGUGCAUAGAGACCAUUUGCCUUCUUCUAGCAUACAAAAUCAAGUACCCCGAAAACUUCUUUCUACUCAGAGGCAAUCACGAGUGUGCAUCCAUCAACCGAAUAUACGGGUUCUAUGAUGAAUGUAAGAGGAGGUAUAGUGUCCGCCUUUGGAAAGUUUUCACCGAUUGCUUCAACUGCCUACCUGUUGCUGCUAUUGUGGGAGAAAAAAUUAUAUGUAUGCACGGAGGAUUGUCACCUAAAUUGCAUAGCUUGGAUGAUAUUAGGAAACUCUCUCGCCCUGCUGAUGUGCCUGAUCAUGGCCUUCUCUGUGAUUUGCUCUGGGCAGAUCCUGAUAAAAGCACUGAAGGUUGGGCUGCAAAUGAUAGAGGUGUAUCCUUUACAUUCGGGUCUGAGCAGGUUACUGAAUUCCUUCAGAAACAUGAUCUCGAUCUAAUUUGCCGAGCUCACCAGGUUGUAGAAGAUGGAUAUGAAUUCUUUGCAAAACGACAGCUGGUUACAAUAUUCUCGGCCCCAAAUUAUUGUGGGGAGUUUGACAAUGCUGGUGCAAUGAUGAGUGUGGAUGAAUCUUUGACUUGUGCAUUUCAAAUUCUUAGACCUUCUAAGAAAGGUUUCCGUAGUUACACAAAACCUGGAACACCGCCAUAUAAGCCUGACGGACGUCCUGUAAAUCAAUUGCUGUUUAGGAUGUUAUUAUUUACGGCCAUUAUGUUCUCUCUACAAUACAUCAUAUGCAAAUUAUUUUCUUGCCAUCUAUAAUUAGUUCAUCGAUGGAUGACAAUGGACAAGGCUAUAUAAUUCAAGAGAAGAAGAACACGACUGACUUGAGGAUGUUUGGUAACUUUUAUUUCAUUUUUCCUGAGUAGACUCCAAAACUUGAACUCGAUCUUGCAUGGCCUAGCAUGGGUUUUCAAAUACAGGUUGCUACAUAAUACGGCCGCUGAAAAGUGAAAUAGAUAUACUACACAUACGAAAGAAACAUAAAGAUUUGCCUCAUAUACGAAUACGAGCCAGAUACCCGUAUGUAAAUUUGAAUUGUAGAUGACCUUAAAACUUUGUUCUGUUCUUGUGAAUCGCUUGUUUGGUGUGUUUUUUUUUUGUCUUUCGCUUCUUUUUGUUACUUUGCCGUAUACAGUUGAUGUAAGUCAGGCUUAAAGAUAUACAAAAACAAGGAAAAGGAGAGAAAAAUACAGUUUCUUAUUGCACUUUGGUGCUGUAUGUACAUUAUAUGAACUUACUUUUCACAAUUUCAUUUUGUUCGGCA